CGGUGGCUGAUGAUGUCAUUCUCUUCCUUACACGUGCUUGCAGUAAAUACGGCUGGUCCUGUUACUGAGCUGCUAGAGGCUUGAGUAUUAUGGAAUAUUAGCUUUUGCUGCUUGCAAUCAUGAAGGACGACGUUGGAAGACUUUUGAUUCAAUUUAAGGAUGAAAAUGGAGAAGUUCUUGGAACCCCCUUUGAUGUACCUGUGGAUAUAACACCUGAUAAACUUCAGCUAGUCUGUAAUGCCCUUUUACUGCAGGAGGAUCCUCUACCAUUGGCCUUCUAUGUCCACGACUUGGAGAUAAUCGAUUCUCUUGACAAGACUUUAGAAAAGCAGACUGUGGAAACAGAAAGGGUGUUGGACAUAAUAUAUCAACCACAAGCUGUAUUCAAAGUUCGUGCUGUAACACGUUGCACUAGUUCCUUGGAAGGACAUACUGAGGCAGUCAUCUCCGUAGCAUUCAGCCCAACUGGAAAAUACUUGGCCAGUGGAUCAGGGGACACAACAGUUCGGUUCUGGGAUCUCAGCACAGAAACACCCCAUUUUACAUCCAAAGGACACACACACUGGGUGCUCAGUAUUGCUUGGUCCCCAGACGGCAAAAAACUUGCAUCAGGCUGUAAAAAUAGUCAGAUAAUCAUCUGGGAUCCUAAUACAGGAAAGCAGAUUGGCAAAACAUUAGUAGGACACUCAAAGUGGAUAACAUCCUUGUGCUGGGAGCCUCUUCACCUCAACCCAGAGUGCAGAUAUAUUGCUAGUGGCUCCAAGGACUGCAGUGUUCGUAUUUGGGAUACUAUAUUAGGGCAGUGUCAGAGGAUUCUUACCAGCCACACACAAUCCGUGACUGGGGUGAAAUGGGGUGGUGAUGGUCUGCUUUACUCUUCCUCGCAGGACAGGACAAUAAAAGCCUGGAGAGCACAUGAUGGAGUGCUAUGUCGCACACUGCAAGGUCACGCUCACUGGGUUAACACAAUGGCACUCAGUACAGACUAUGUGCUCCGCACAGGGGCUUUUAAUCCAGCAGAAGCGUCCAUCAACCCUCAAGACAUGAGUGGCUCUUUAGAAGAGCUAAAGGAGAAAGCAUUACAGAGAUACAGAGAAGUUCGGGGGCAAGGUCCCGAGAGACUAGUUUCAGGCUCUGAUGACUUCACAUUGUUUCUCUGGGCCCCAGCAGAAGAUAAGAAACCCGUACAAAGAAUGACUGGACAUCAGGCUUUGAUUAACCAAGUUCUGUUCUCUCCUGACACUAGAAUCAUUGCUAGUGCCUCUUUUGAUAAAUCUAUCAAGCUAUGGGAUGGAAAGACUGGGAAAUACUUGGCAUCUUUGCGUGGUCACGUCUCUGCAGUAUAUCAGAUUGCAUGGUCAGCUGACAGCAGGCUUUUAGUAAGUGGGAGCAGUGACAGCACUCUCAAGGUUUGGGAUACAAAGACCAAGAAGAUUUCUGUUGAUCUCCCUGGACAUGCAGAUGAGGUUUAUGCUGUUGACUGGAGCCCCGAUGGACAGAGAGUAGCCAGUGGAGGAAAGGAUAAGUGUUUAAGGAUAUGGAGGAGAUGAGUGGACUUUACAAAAUACAGUGAAUUUCCAUUUACCAGACUGCCUAUAUCUGUGUAGAAAGUGAGCACCGUGUGCCUGGUCCUUAAAAACAUGACCCAACUCUUAAAUGAAGAUCUUUAUAAAGUGUGUGUAUGUGUAUAUAUAGACAGUAAACAUUAUAACAAAGUGGCACUCGAUAGAUUAAUUUUUGCUAAAACAUAUAAUACCCCUGUAAAUUGAGUGCCACGUUAUUAAGAUAUACUGUCCCUUAAUAUGAAUAUAUGGAAAGCUUAAAUGUAAAACAAUAUCAUCACUAUCUAAGAUAAUUAAUGUAUACAUUCUCUAAACAACACGUUGAUAAUAUUGUGGACAAGAAUUUCUACCAUACAUUAAUAAAAAGCUACUCUAAUCUGGCAAAGUAACAAUAUAUAUUUUUAAAUGCCAUGUUUUAGAUUAAACUAUGAGAAAUUAUUACAGUGUCCCUUUAAGCACUUACAAACAUUUUUACAACCGAUUUCAAUGUCAAGCAUAAUAAUCAUCUUGGCUUGCUUCUUAUGCCCUAUUAUGUGGGCUGUAGGCAGGAUCUGCCAGAAUAUGAUUUUUAACACGUAUAGUAUGUAAAAUAACACUUUUUGUGUUAACCAAUCAAUACAAAUGUUAAAUUACAAGAAAACAUACAUAAAAUAAGUUAUAAAACAUCAACUUCUGUAUAUUAAAAACAAUAAAUCACACAAAAACUCA